AUGUCACGCGCCUCCGCUGGCUUCGCCGAUUUCUUUCUACGGCCCCUUCAGUCCUCCAGAGAAAGCGCGUCAAAUUCUCUCAUUUCCUGUGCCAUUCCCAGUGGGGCAGCUGAUGAAUCCAACGGUAAGGUGCAGGCUUCUCUGCCUUCAUCAAAUCUUCCGGAAGAGAAAUCAACAAAGGCCCAGGAAAUCCCCGGCUCUUUGGCAGCCACUGCAAAUGGCCAUCCUAACAUCGACACCCUCACCCCAUUGACAAAUACAGAAUCUUCCCCUCCUCGCAAAGGAAACAGUCCACGAUCGAAGACAUCGGAAGGAAUCCCUCUUCGCCCAACCGCGGAGCCUGUCAAGACCACCAUGACGCCUGUUCAUACUCCGCCCACACCUCAAUCUCAAAGCCGGCCAGAAAUCAUCGUCAAGGGCUGCCGAAUAGUCUAUGAUCCCGAUUUGGACAAACGCUCAUCCAAAGAGAAACGAAGGAAACUUGAAUAUGUGGACAUUCUUUCCAGCCAUCAAGCAGCAGCGCCCCCUGACCCUCGUCGAUCAAUUGCAAAUUAUACCCGCGGAUCGGGCUGUAAGCCAAAAACCAAAUUUCGGCCCGCCCCAUAUGUCCUAAAACCAUGGCAAUAUGAUGCAAUGACAAGUAUUGGUCCGGGUCCCCCAAUUCAAGUGGUGGUAACCGGAUUUGAUCCUCUCACUCCGGUUGCUCCUUUAACCGCCCUUUUUUCAAGUUUUGGCGAGAUUAGCGAAAUCAACAAUCGUACAGAUCCCGUCACUGGCCGUCUUCUCGGUAUUUGCUCCAUCAAAUACAAAGACAGUCCUUCUUUUCGCGGUGGAAGCCCGGUUUCAGCAUCCAGUGCGGCCAACCGAGCCUAUCAUGAAUGCAGGAAAGGGCAGCGAAUUGGGACUCGAAGGGUGAGGGUGGAGUUAGAUCGGGAAGGCACCGUAUCGGAACGAUUGGCCGCCAAAGCAGUUGAGUCGCAUCGAAUGGCUUCGAAACCCGCUGUCGAUGCCAAAGUGGAUGCUAAGAAGGAGGGCCCUCCGCCUACCGCGCCUAAAGGCCCUUCAGGCAGAUCUAGCAUCCGUCCAGGAGUGGCCGUUCCAGAGGGGCCCCGAGCAAGUGCCCGAUCCCCAGUUGUACAGUCUAUGGUGGAAGAAGUCCCGAUUUUGAGCCAGAUCAAACGCGAUCCCUACAUUUUCAUCGCCCAUUGCUAUGUACCCGUUCUGAGCACUACGAUCCCUCAUUUGAGGAAAAGGCUCAAGGUGUUCAAUUAUAAAGCUAUUCGCUGUGACAAGACUGGAUACUACAUCAUCUUCGAAAACUCCCGCCGGGGCGAGGAGGAGACUGAACGUUGCUACCGACUAUGCCAUAUGGAACCUCUAUUCACGUAUAUCAUGAACAUGGAGAGCCAGCCGUACGGGAAUCCCAAUUAUGUCCGCAGUCCGAGUCCGGAACGUGUUCGUGCUGCGCAAAAGGAGAAAGCGCACCUUGAACAUACGAAGAAAGAGGCGUUGUUGGAUAUAGAGGAAGAAAAGCAGCAGCGUGCGGCAAACCUGGACCCUUGCCGAGAAGUAUUGUCGAUCAUCAUUCGAGAUUUGCACGACAAGCUUUUAGAGGACGUUAAGUCUCGAAUUGUGGCCCCGUCACUUUAUGACUUUCUUGAUCCUGGUCGGCAUGUUGCCAGGCGGGAACGUUUGGGAAUCUCAGGUCCUGAAAGUAUCGUGCAGCCUGCUUUCCGAAUAGGUAUCGACAGUCUAGGUACACGGACCACUGGUGACAAGAAGCCCGAUCUUUCUGCUUUUCCCCGUAUACGCAAAAGAUAUGGCGUGGACCAGGCUGGAGAAGCGUUCAAGGACGAGCGUCGCCGACAGCCGCUUCGUAAGAGGCGGGCAGGGUUGCUGGGCAGACUGCAGGAGCUCCAUCAUGAUGACGAUUCAGAUGAGGAGCAUAGUGCUCACCUUGCCGGGGACACUGAAGAAAGGAGUAGUCGGCAUCUUAGUCGGGCAAGCUCUGAGUCAUCGGAACCUGAGCAAGAUGAUGGUUUUCAGUCGGAUAUUGAAGCAAGCGUGGACAAUGCCUCUACGAAAAAUCAAGCGCUUGUGGACAAGGAUGAUACGUUCGAUCAUGGACGAAAGAGGAAACUGGAGGAUGGAGUCUUGGGGGCUCCAAAGCGGCAGAAGCAGGCCCAGCAAACGGUUGAACCUGAAGAGCCCGGCCCAGAACAGGCAGAGGAUUUCGCAACCCCAGGUACCAGUCACCCAAGUCCUGUGGUGGAACCUACAAAAUCCUCGGAAGAUACAACGGGAGCCAAAGCUCUCCAAGGAUGCACCCGCGCAACCGUCCAAGAUGAUGCGACAAUCAUUUUGGACUUGGACGGCUGGCAAAAUCUAGUCAAGGACGAGGAAGAUAUCCAGUUUCUACGGGAUAUGCUCAUGAGCCACGCUUCAUCAGCCAUCAAUAAUAUCAACGCAUGGGCAUGGCAACAAAAACAGAUCAAAAUCCUCAAUGAACCUCAGGAUGAAGGGCCAACCCACGACACAAUUAGCAUCGCUGAGUACUAUGUUCCGAAUGUCAGUGGUGCUGCUCGCACGGAGGGUCGGAAGCGAAUUCUGGAGGCUGAAAAGUCUAAAUACUUGCCACAUCGGAUCAAAGUUCAGAAAGCCCGCGAGGAGCGUGAGGCAAACGCAAAAGCCGACCCCCAAGCUGCCGCUGCAGAAGCUGCGAGAAUCGCUGCUGCCAAAACAAUCUCGAAAUCAACCUCGCGGUCAACUCGAGUCAAUAACCGCCGCCUCAUUGCCGACAUCAACGCACAGAAGCAAGCCCUUCCUACCGCUAGUGGAGAUGGUGACGUUCUGCGCUUCAAUCAACUCAAAAAACGCAAAAAGCCUGUGCGAUUCGCCCGUUCGGCUAUCCACAAUUGGGGCCUUUAUGCGGAAGAGAAUAUCUCGGCCAAUGAUAUGAUCAUUGAGUAUGUGGGUGAGAAGGUCCGCCAGCAAGUUGCCGACAUGAGAGAACGGCGGUAUCUGAAGAGCGGAAUUGGCAGCAGUUACCUUUUCCGGAUCGACGAGAACGCCGUCAUUGAUGCUACUAAGCGAGGUGGAAUAGCACGUUUCAUCAACCAUAGCUGUACCCCAAACUGCACUGCUAAAAUUAUCAGGGUUGAUGGGAGCAAGCGCAUUGUGAUAUAUGCCUGCGGGAUAUCGAAAGAGGAGCUCACAUACGAUUACAAAUUCGAGCGAGAAUGGGAUAGUGACGAUCGGAUCCCUUGUCUUUGUGGCUCGACUGGCUGCAAAGGAUAUCUCAAUUAA